AUGGUUUUACUUGCAGCAGCAGCAGCAGCACUUAACAUGAUGGGUACGAAAUCCUACAGUACUGGUUUGACAUUCAAUUCAUUUCCUCGAUAUGGUCGUAAGUUGAUGAGUACGAUGAUUAAUGCUGUUAAUGUGCCGACGACGACGACGACAACCAAAAGGUCGUCAUCAUCUUCCAGUACGUCUCCUCCUUGGCUGAUGCUGCCACCUGUUUUCCAAUGCAUGACGAAUAACAAGAAACAGAAGUUGUACGAGUUUUACAGCCUGGGCUUGGACAGAGUAUUAAGUGUCCCCAACAACAACAAGAGAUCAAUGCCAAUACCAUCUGAUGACGAUGAUAAUGAUGAUGAUGAUGAUGAUUUGGACAUUGUGGGAUCGUCCCGGGGCUGGUUUGCUCUCUUUAAAAAUUAUUAUGACCUCUUCCUCUCCAAUCCUCUCACUGGACGUCACAUAAAGCUUCCAUCCCUCCACCCAUUGUCCCCCGAAGAAUUAAUAGAUGUACGCAACGUUGUCAUCUCAUCCGACGACCCGUUUGAACAAGACUGCCGAGUCUUGAUCUCUUGCACUCCAGGUGAUAGAUUGGCCUUCUGCUGCCCUGCCCACACCAACCCCGAGUGGAUCCGAAUCGGCCACCCUUCCACCUCAUUUCAAUUCGAGUCCUUAACGUAUUCGAGCAGGCAGGAGCUCUUCUUUUGCGCCAAAGGGCCGCCUGGUAGGACCGACCACAUCGAGGCUUGGGACCUCCGUGACCCUCUUUCCCCCAGAAUGGUUCCCCUGGCUCCUGUGACCGUGGACAAACGCAAUUACCCGGUCGCAUCCCACUCGGAGUUAGAGUCGGAACUCAAGUAUCUAUGCGAGUACGAUGCCGUGUUCCUCGUGCUUUCCGAGCAUACGGAUGAGCUUUUCCAAGUGCAGCAGUACGUGUUGCACCGAAUGGGACCUGAUGGCUCAUUUGCCGAUCAUGUCUAUUACGAGGGGGAUUCGGAUGAAAGCGUGUCGUACAAGACGGUUGGGUUUGAUGUUCACAAGUAUGAACCAAAGACGGGAAAAAUGGUUUAUAUGGAUCGUAACUUGGGCGGGUUGGCACUAUUCGUAGGCCCCCAUGAAGGCUUUGCUCUCCCUGCUGACGAGUACCAAGGGUUGAAGCCCAACUCCAUUUACUACACCGACAUGUAUAAUUCACCACAUUACAAGCAUGGUGGCCAUGACAUCGGCAUAUUCAACUAUGAAAACGAGACUUUCUCGCCAUGCUAUUAUCCAUGCGACUUGAAGAGCAUGACGACCAAGAUUACGCCCAAUCCUAUUUGGUUUAGGCCAUCCCCUUGUGCAUUCAUUUAG